AUGAUAUCUGGAACUUCUGAUAGUACAGUUGGUGUUUCUGUCAUGACUCAAUUAUAUAAAUAUUAUUCGACUGACAGUCAAUUUAUUCCAGAGUCGAAUAUUGUAUUUAAAAAGGAUUUAAAAUCGGGCCAUACGUUUCCAACUGAUUUUGAUAGUGCUGGUAAUAAUGGUUGCGGAACUACAAGUAGUCCCUAUAUAAGUAACUGUGCCUUUGAUGGAGCACGAGCUAUACUCGAACAUAUUUAUGGACCCUUACAACCAAGAAACAAUGGAGCAUUAAGUGGAAAAUUUAUUGAAUUCGAUCAAGGGGAAUUUAUACCUAGUGCAAAAGUUAAUGGAAUGAGCACCACAGCAUGGGUUUAUGUACCUAAGAGUUGUACUGAUGGAGCAACGUGUAAAUUACAUAUUGCUUAUCAUGGUUGUGUACAAGCCUACGAAAAAAUUGGUGACAAAUUUGUUAAAAAUACAGGAUACAAUCGUUGGGCUGAUACCAAUAAUAUGAUAAUUUUAUAUCCACAAACAGUAGCCACAACGUCGAUAUCAGGAGGAGCAUCACUUCCUAAUUCCAAUGGAUGUUGGGACUGGAUUGGAUGGUAUGGAACUGAUUUCAGCGUUAAAAGUGGUAAACAAUUGGCUGCUAUGAAAAAGAUGAUUGAUCGUAUUACCGGUGGUUUCAAUCCAAUUGAUAUACCAAAAGAGCUUCAAGUUACUGCUGUUACAGAUAACUCAGUUUCUCUUUCAUGGAAACCAGUUUCAAGUGCACAUGGUUAUAAUGUUUACAGAAAUGGUGGUAAAGUUAAUGGUGCAACAAUAAGUGAAACAACAUUUACAGAUAGUAAUUUAAAUUCCGGUUCAACAUAUAUAUUCACUGUUAAAGCUGUUUCAUCAUCGGGUAGUGAAAGUAGUGCUUCAAAUUCAGCCACUGGCAAAACAACAGGAGAGCCACCUGCAGUAGGAACACCAAGUGGUUUAAUAGUGACAGAUACAACAAGCAAUUCAGUCACAUUGAAAUGGGAUUCAGUUCCAGGUAUAACAACAUACAAUGUUUAUCGUAAUGGAAAUAAAGUGACAAGCGUCAGCACCACAUCAUACACUGAUACUGAUUUGAAUUCUGCAACUGAUUAUCAAUAUCAAGUUUCAUCGGUAAAAGAUUCGGUUGAAGGCGACAAGUCCAUGACAGUUACCACCACAACACUUGCUGGCAACACUGGUAACGAAUGCUACGAUGAAACUAAUGUUGCUCAUGUAGUUGCUCUAAGAGCAUAUAUAACCUUUGGCUAUACAUUUGCACUUGGUUCAAAUCAAAAUAUGGGACUUUACAGUAUGCUUCAAAAAACAAAUUUAUGCAAAGAAAAAGAUUUCUAUUAUGUGAUCGCAUAG